AUGAGCGAAUCUUCCUCACAGAAAUUCCAUGCUGGUCAGCUUCUAUGUGGAGGGUUCCAAGGAACGAAUGUCACUGCUCAAGCAUAUCAUUUGAUUGUUCAACAUCAUGUAUCUGCGAUGAUACUUUCCAAGAAGAAUGCCGUGUCUGUAAAACAAAUGACAAAAUUAAUAAGAGACUUACAAUACAUUGCAUAUACUCAGGGUAAUUAUAAAUAUCCCCUUUUAUUUGCAAUUGAUGAAGAAGGUGGCAUGAUGAAUUCUUUGUUUGAUCCUGACUUUUUAAAUCAAUUCCCCGGUGCCAUGGCUCAGGCAGCAACAGGUGACACUGACUUGGUUUACAAAAUUCUGAAAGCUAUAGCUAUGGAAUUAAAGCAUAUUGGAUUUCUGAUUAUUUUGGGUCCUGUGUUAGAUGUAGUUACGAAAUUAUCACAUCAAUUAGUUGGGGUGAGAAGCUUCGGUACCACUGUCGAGGAUGUUACUAAAUAUGGUAAGGCUUGUGCUAGGGGUUUGAAAGAUGGGGGUUUAAUGACUGUUGGAAAGCAUUUUCCUGGGAUUGGAAAUGCUAGUGUUGAUUCUUUGUUAGAAUUACCUAUGAUGGCAGAUUCGUUAGAUCAAAUUAAACAUUUUAAUAGUGUUCCGUUUGCUGAACUAAUUAAAGAAGGAUUGUUAGAUGGUAUCAGUGCUGCAGGCUGUGGGGUUCCUACUAUAAGUCCCGAUGAGACACAUGCUUGUUUGUCGCCAAUAGUAAUAAACCAAUUAUUACGGCAAGACUUGGGAUUUGAUGGUAUGGUAAUAAGUGAAUGCUUGGAAAUGGAUGCUUUAUACCAUUCAAUUGGACUAGGGCAAGGUGUUAUAUUGGCUCUCUAUGCUGGAUGUGAUUUAGUGAUGGUCUGUCAUGAUAAAGCUUUUCAAGACGAAGCUGUCGAAUCUAUAGAUAAGGCGUUAGCUAAUGGUAACCUUGACGAUGAGAUUAUAUCGGCUUGCUUGAGAAGGAUUGAAAAUCUCCAAAAAAAUUUACCUACUUGGAAUGAGUUGUUUCCAAAAGGAGAAGAAUCGGCUAAAGAAGAUAAUUUGCCAUUGUUUAAGGACAGGUAUCAAGAAACUUGGAAACAACAUCAAACUUUAUCUCAAUUGUCAUAUCGAAAAUCAAUCACAUUAGUAAGAGACUAUACAGGUACAUUACCGAUUACAAAAAUCUUUGAAAAUACUCAGCUGUCUUCAAGCGCAGAUGAUACUACAAAUAAUAUUUUACUCUUAACGCCCUUAUUGAACCCCAUUUAUCCAACAAACCAUGGUGGAAAUGGUGAACCACAGUUGUACACAGGGGAAGAAGUAUUUCAAAAAUUCGGUGACACAUUAUCUAAUCAUUCCAAAAAUUUAAAUUCUAAAAAUCCUUUUAACGUGCUUCACACAACAUAUACCGCUAAUGGUCUUACUGCAUUGCAUGAAUCCUUGAUUGAAAAUUCAAAAGCUGUCAUCGUACUAACAUCAGAAGCUUCUCGAAAUAUGUAUCAAAUUGGAAUUGUCAAAUAUAUUUCUAUAUUGUGUGGUGCCAACCCUUCGUCUUUCAACAAUGCAGCCACUUCUCAUUCACAGUUAGCAAAACCAUUGAUAAUUGUUGCAACUCUGUCACCGUAUGAUUUUUUUUAUAAUAAAAGUAUCGGAAGCGCAUAUUUAUGUUGUUAUGAUUAUACAAAUAAUGUUUUGAGAGAAUUGGUUAGUGUUUUGAUGGGUGAUAUCCAAGCGGAAGGUUGUAUUCCUGGAGAAAAGAAGUUUGUUGGAAAACUGAGAAAAAGAAAGUCGAUUGAUUCGCAAAAUGCUAUCGAAAAGCAUAAUCAACUCAAAGAAAGAAGAAUCUCUCAACCUAAACGUAGAUGGCUAGUUGAUGAAUUUGAUUUGAAGCGAGACUGGGCCGGUUUAGUUAAUAUAUGGAAGAGUAACACUGACACAAGUUCAAAUGUUGACUAUUUAAACGUCAAUGUAUCGAAUAAUCAAUCGGGAGAGAUAGCUUACCAAGAUGAGUUUUUUUACAAAAAGAUUUACCAGUUGUUAUCCACUACUGCUAAUACUCAAAAGCAUUUUGUAAUUAGAAAUUCAUCAUUAAAUAUUCUAUACGGUUUUGUUUUGACUUGGGUUGAUGAUAGUCAAGGCGUUCCUUUAGAUGGUGACCUAACAAACAUGGAUAAUAUUCAAAAAAAGACUGGUUCAAUAAUGUAUUUAUUAGUUGAUAAAUCAAAAAGAUUGCAGAGCAUUGGAAAGAAUUUACAUGCUAGGGCCAUAAGAUAUCUUACAAAAGAACAAAAAUGUACUAGAAUUACAUUAGGAUGCUCAUUUCCGUUAUUGGUCUUCCCAAAAAACUCGAAUUUAUUAACGAAUAAUAAAGUGGUCUCUUUUAUGAAUAAUGUUGGUUGGAAUAUAUCUAACAACAACUCUAAGAAGAAGCACAUCAUGGUAUUGUAUGACUUAAACAACUGGCUGGUUCCCAAAAAGAUUUUUAGAGAGCUAACAAUAGUCGGUGUCAGAUUCGAUGUUUGCACCGAUGCACAAAAAUUGAUGAAUUUAAUACAUAACAGUAGCUUGCAAGAUAAUCAACUGAUAGUAAAUGAUAUAAGACUCGAAAUGCGCAUGAAAGAUGAAAGGGACAACACAAAGGAAUUAUAUAUCGAAGCAAUUAAAUACUUGACCAACAGCCAUUCUUACGGCGUGAAGAUAAUUAUUGCAUUGGAACCAACUAACCAAAAUGUCAUUGGAAGCAUAAUAUUGUUUACUAAUAAAUCACAGAUGUCUAAAUUUUAUCCUUUUUUGGAAGAAUGUUUAAAAGACUCGAAAACAACGUACAAUCAAAACCUACAAGACCCAUUAAUUGGCGCUAUAAUGGCUCCUGUGAUAGAUCCUUCUUAUUCAAAUUUGACUGAGAUUAUUAAUUUUGGGCUUAUAUGUAGUGCUAUUACCUUUGCUAAAUCAGGAUUUAAUGAUAAUGAUCAAAACCAAAUGCACAAAUGUGUUAUGGUAGGUAUAAAUGGCGAUAAUCCUGGAAAUAUCAGUGGAAUUAAAGAAAUUGGUUUUGAGGAAUGGAAAUAUUUUUAUGAUUUUUAUGACUCUAAAGGCGAAGCUGGAAAAUCAUUCUUAGGCGAAUAG